GUCAAACUGGACUACAGGGAAAACGCGGAGAAGGCGCGCCAGGCGCUGAACGGCACGAUGCGUAAUGGCCGCAUGCUGAAGGUGCGCUUCUCGGCCAUGGGCUGCAGCCUCAAGGUGAAGCGGCUUUCGCCCUGGGUCAGCAACGAGCUGCUCGAGCUGGCCUUCUCCGUGUUCGGCGAGCUGGAGAGAGCAACAGUGGUGGUGGACGAGCGCGGAAAAUCUACGGGCAAUGGCAUUGUGGAGUUUGCCAAGAAGCCGUGUGCACUCUACUGUCUCAAGAAGUGUGCAGAGAGUAGCUUUUUCUUGACUGAGUCUCUGUGCCCAGUGGAGGUGGAGCCUCUGAAUGAGGACGACGUCGAGGAGGGACUGUGCGAGAAUGUGCUGCCCAAGAAACACCACGAGUACAUGCGCGAACGUUCGGUGUACUUUCUAGAAAAAUGGGAUGCUUUGGUGCCCCAAGAAAUUCCAUAG